ACCAUGACUAGUUGGAAAAUAUUGCGGAUUUUCUGUAAAACCACAGCAUACAAAAUGGGAAAUCUAUCGUAUUUUCUGUAAAUCAUACAAUACCAACAGAAAGUUAUCACUCAUUGUGACGAACAUUUUGCGACUAAUUUUGCUUCGUUCAAGUUGAAAUGGACAUCUACAGUAUAAAUGAUGAGAGGACACUAAAUGUGUUCAUCGACAACACCGUGAAACCGGACAGGGAGACUUUACAGAGAAAUAAUGCGAUGGUUGAUCGGUUGAUUCAUUUUCUCCAGAACAACAUUCCAGGAAGGCUUCGACCGAGACGUGUUAUAAAAUCGGGGUCAUUCGGCAAAGGUACAGCGGUCCGCGGAAAAUCCGAUAUCGACUUGAUCCUUAUGCUGGCCGAGUACAACAGCGUGGGCAAAUACACACAGGAUUCAAGGGACUUGCUGCAGGAGUUGAAAACAUACCUGACGAAAUACGGAGAGGCUCAGCUAGAGAAGGUCACAAAGUACUCCGUACAGGUCAAGCUGACAAAUGGCAACUUCUCGCAGUCAGUUGACGUCCUUCUCGGAAUUGACUUGCUCGAUAGAGGCAUGGUCCCGGACCACGUUUUCGACCAGAUGCAAGGGCCAGAUGUAGACACGCACUUAUACUCGGUUACAUUGGGACCUCUGCAGGUGGAGGUCAUGCAGGCACUGCCCACGCAGGUCAAGGACUUGAUAAGAAUCGUCAAAUACUGGGAAGAUGUGAAAAUGAAGGCGGUGAGAAACUGUAAGUGGCCUAGCUCGUUCGCCAUGGAGCUGGUAGUGAUGCAUGCAUGGAACAAUGCCGGAAGUCCCAGCACAAGCUUCAGUAUGGUACGCGCGCUACACGCCGUGCUGACGUCACUAGUAAACCAUCGCCAGUUCAUGGCAACAUUUCCAAGGCAGAUGAAAUACUCCUCAGUCAAGCUAGAAACAUGUUUACAACGAAGGAGGCCUCCGUAUAUCAUGGACCCUACCAAUCCUUUCAACGACAUGUAUCACGGUCUCUUCGACACGGCCUGGGACUGGAACGACGUUGCCACGGAGGCGAGCACGUGGCUGCGACAUCCGCUGUUCCGCGGCGUCACUGGCACAAACUCGCGGUGGUAAUAGGGACCUCUCGCCCAUCAAGAAGAGAUUUGACUGGUUCCUAGGAUAACUCGUAUCAACUCCCCUCAUCCAUUAUAAAAACCUCGUGAUGAGGGUCGAUUCAAUUUAUUUAUAUGAUUUUUACAAUCAUUUUUUUUUGCGUAGACAUUUUUUUUACAGUCGCCCUUAUUAAAAAACUAUUUAUUUUUUACAGAACUGUGCACUGAUUUUCAAUACGUCAGAAACAGUUGCAAACGUUUUGGACGCACAAAGGGCAAUAACUUAAGUGUACGUGCAAACCCCACACAGAGUUGUCGUUCGAUGCUCUCGCAUACACUCGUGCAAGAGAUUGGUGCACAUGAUCAAAUAUGUCAUAUUAUACAUACCAUUGAACUGUUUAUGAUGAUACACCAUAUAUACAAGUUUGGUGUACCAUCCUACCAAAUCCACGCAUCUAAGUGUUGCCACUUUGCAAAUAGAUUGGUGUGGUACCCUUCUUGAAAGUUAUGCAACCGCAAAAAUAAUUAACACAAAUUGCGCAAGUUUAUUGAUAUAUCUUCGAUUGAGAACGAACGUUGAUAUAUAGUUUAUACCAGACCCGAAAAAACUAUUGUAUCGCUUUCACACCAAAACGAUUAAUCUUUGCACCCAUAUGAACUAUUCGAGUAUUUCUUAUUCUGUCUUGUCACAUUUUCGACGUGGCGAUAACGGCCACCAUAGCUGACACCACAUGUAGAUACACCAUUAGGUAAUAGUAAACAUGUUAUAAAUGAUAUAGAAUCUAAGUUAUUAGAGAAGGAAACUGUUGAAUGGAAAAUUUAAUUAAUAGAGAAUCUGGACAAAGGGGCAUAGGAAGAAAUAAAUUAAGAACUAAUAAACUAUUUAAAGUAGAUUUUGGUACUGAAACAUAUAUUAGCGGUAAAAUACCAUUCAAUUAUAGAAGUGCUUUAACUAAGUUUAGGUGUGGUGUAGCGCCGCUUAGGUUAGAGACUGGCCGGUUUGAAAAUAUUGAGCUAUGUAAUAGAACUUGUUUCCAUUGUACAGAUAAGAUCGAUGAUGAAAUACAUGUACUCUUUCACUGUCCGUUGUAUGUUGAUGCAAGGAAAAUGCUAAUGGAUAAUUUAAGUGUAAAUCCUGAUAGUCAUGCCAUGUCAGAUUGAGAAAAAUUGAAAUACAUAAUCACUACAGAGAAUGUUAUGUACUUAUCAGCCAAAACCUGCUAUUCUAUUCUUCAUGAAAGGAAAAAAUACAUCUACUUAAAAUAGGUUUAAAACUCACUGUAAUAAGACCUAUUUUGGAGUACAAGUAUUUUAUCCUUUUUAUUGUUAUAUCCACAACUGCAACAUGCUAGGUAGUGCAAAAUAACCUCCUUAAAUGGUGUGCACCCAGAAUGAGGAGACCCAAUCCUGUAUUAAGUCACACAGAUUAUUAUGGGAAACUGGGUAGGGUUACUGAUUCCUGGGGAAGAAAUAUGAACUGGAUUUCUGUUCUGCUAAGUAUGUCUCUAUCAUUCUGGAGUCACUGUUCAGUGUGGUUGUCAUAGUUAUAAUUUUUAACUGAUAUGGUUUUAAAUUGUAAGCUAUGUAAAUAUGGUCUUUGUUAAUAGUGUCUGUUAGUUUUAAUCUAAGCGUUGGUAACCAUUGCUAAUGAGUUAAUGUCCGACCUGGUCAGAGGUGAUAAUUGCUAUCUUAAACAAUUUUAUGUAAAACGUGUAGUGCCUCUUUUCGCAGUGUCAGUAUUUUACGUCAAUUUAUCUUAUGUCAGUUUUUAAUUAUGGACUAGCAAUGGCAACCUAACUUUUAAUCUAACUUUUUAACGUAAAUAUGUAUAUAGAGAACAAGUAUGUGGAAAAUACGCAAUAUUUAACUCUUCAUAGCCUCUUAUAAAUCUUAUAUAGAAUGGCCAUUUUCAAGUUUUAUGUGUGUUUUAAUGCUAUGUAAUUAUUGGCGUCGCUCUGGAGAGCGGCGACUAGUAUGUAAUGCAUUUUUUUUUCGCUUAUGGGAGGAGAAGUUAUUUUACGGAUCAAUGUUUAUAUUUUUGUUUUAAGAAUAUCUUGCAUAGUGGUGAUUUUUUGUGUAAAUUAGUGUAAAUAAGUACUGCAUUUGUGCCUAUUACAUUUAUUACAACAUUUAUUGCCAAUAA